AUGGCCAUGCUAAGGGGCUCUGCAUCCCUCUUCCUUCUCACAUUGCUGAGUGAGUCAGCCCCAGAGCAGCAGUGCGGCAGCCUUCCGGGAGCCGCUGGGGAGCCAGCCCUUCUCCCCAUGGCCCACAUGGAGAGGCUGGCCAUGGCAUCCCUGGUCUCCCCAUGUCCCCGGAUCCCACGGGCCCACAUCGCCAGGCAUCCAGGGUGCUGUGCCCAGCGCUGGGCAGAGCUGGGCUGCAGCUCUGGCCCCUCCUCAGGCCGAAUGAAUCCGCUUCCCCAGAAGAACCCCCCACAGCCACACCCGGCCAACUGCCCUCACUCCAGGCUGUCCUCAGCAGAAAGCUUGUCCAUGGAUGGCUUCUGGAUGGAAGUAAAGCGGAUCCAGCAGCGGGAUGAGCAGAAAGAGGGGGACAGCAGCAAGGGCGACGGCCAACUUCCUGAGGAGGGUGAAGCCGAAUCCCAGUGGCUGCGGGACACAGGACUGUGGGGCCUCCUCAGCGGCCUAGGGGUGAAUGGUGGCCACCAGGGGCUCCUGUCCACCCUUACACAGACCCAGGUGGCCGCUGUGUGCCGCAGGCUGGACAUCUAUGCCCGCUCGGCCCGAAGACGACACAAGGCACCUAUCAGAGAUGUCAGGGACGUCUUUGGAGUCUUCGAUUCAGGGGUAAUGUCUUCAGAGAAUGGGGACUCCGGGAUGAAAUGGACCCCGCUCAGUUCCAGGUUGUGUAAGUCUCCUCCAGCGACAGAGCCGGAGGGGCCGCAGGAGCAGGCCGGGAGGGUGGAAGCCUUCAGCAUGGACUCAGCCUACUCAGAGCAAGUGGCAGCGCUCCUGCAGAGGGGCAGGCCACCCCCAGGAGGCACCUGUGCCCGGGGCAAAGGAUCCCUGCCGAAGUUUAGAAUCCUCAAAGGCAGACUUGGUGUGACAAGGAUAGAAGACUUGUCCUUGCAGGACAUGAAGAAGAUCCCUCCGCUGGCCCUUAUAGAGUUGACGGCGCUCUGUGACGUGCUCGGCGUGGACCUACGGAGGAGCAAAGCGGGCAAGCCGAGAGCAACAGAAACUUGCCUUUUCGGCAUGCCCCUUGAUGCCUUGCUGGAAGCUGACCGCAAAGUUCUCCCCAGCACCCAGGUCCCACUGGUCCUUCAAGCUCUGCUGUCCUGUUUGGAAAAGAGAGGGCUGGACAUGGAAGGCAUUCUCAGGGUGCCGGGAUCCCAGGCCAGGAUCAAGGGGCUGGAACAAAAGCUGGAGAGAGACUUCUACGCUGGCCUUUUUAGAUGGGAUGAAGUUCAUCACAACGAUGCAUCUGAUUUGCUCAAAAGGUUCAUCCGGGAGCUUCCGGCACCUCUGCUCACUGCUGAGUACCUUCCGGCCUUCGCUGUGGUACCCAAUAUCCCCAACCUGAAGCAGCGCCUACAGGCUCUCCACCUGCUCAUCCUGCUCCUCCCGGAACCCAACAGAAACACCUUGAAGGCACUCCUGGAGUUCCUCAAAAAGGUGGUGGCCCGGGAACAGAGCAACAAGAUGACGCUGUGGAAUGUGUCCACGGUGAUGGCCCCUAAUCUCUUCCUGCACCAAGGGCGGCCCCCCAAACUCCUCAAGGGCAAGGAGAAGCAGCUGGCCGAGGGGGCAGCCGAGGUGGUGCAGAUGAUGGUGCACUACCAGGAUCUGCUGUGGACGGUCGCCUCCUUCUUGGUCGCCCAGGUGCGAAAACUGAACGACAGCAGCAACCGGCGCUUCCAGCUUUGCGACAGGGGCCUCAAGACUUGGCUGCGGAGGACGCACGCAGACCGGGACAAGGCGGAGGAUGGGUGGCGGGCGACUUCCAAAGCGGCAAAGAUCCAGGUGGCCUGUUCUAUCAAGGACCCCGUGGAGGUGCUCCUGACUCCCCGCACCAAAGUGGCCCAUGUGCUAAGGCAGUUCUCAGAGCACCACCGCCCUGGGUCACAGGGCCAAGAGGGCAGCGAGGACACGCACAGCCUCCUCCCUUGCAACAGGUCCAGGGAGACAGCUGACAUCCUCCUCUAUGAAGUCGGAGGGAAUAUCAGUGAGCAUCGCCUGGACCCGGAUGCCUACCUCUUAGAUCUGUACCAUGCCAACCCCCAUGGUGAGUGGGUCAUUAAACAGAGCCCUACCUAA